AUAAUCUAAUUAUAUUAAUAUUGCCUUCAACUGACCGGAUAUUUAAAUGUAUUACACAUGUAUGUUUAUUUGUGUAUUACACUCACAUGACCUAUAACCUAGAGUGACCAACGGUCAGAUAAAGUAAAAGAAACAAGGCUAAUUAAACCUAUACAGGGGUUGACACAGGAUCCGAAGAGAACGAAGUUGAUUUUGUCCUGGAUGGUGAAAAUAUUGGCGAGCCUAACGAGGCAACUUUUUUUAAGGAAGAAGAUAUUUAAAACUACUAAAAUCAAAUACUGCCAGCUGGUCAGCCAGAAAAUGGACCGCCAAGAAUAUGGUAUCAAGAGGGUAACAACAGAAGAUUAUGACCGAGUAAUGGCGAUAUUACCCCCCGCGGAGAUAUAUCAUGGCGGUGAUUACCUACCUGACUAUUUCCACAUGUUGCUUGAAAUGCCAAACACUGAGAUGUAUGCUGCUGUCGACGGAGAAAAAUUUGUUGGAUUCAGUUUUAUGAGCAUAGUGGACGAUGGUAAGACUAUAGUUGCAAGAGGCGGGAGAAUUUCAAAAGAAUAUUCUGGUAAAGGACUUGUUGGGACCAUGUCAAAAUGGUUGGACGAAGGAGGGCCACUUUACAGGCAUGGAUUAUUGAACAGAGCUGCUAUAGGAAACAAAGAAAAUACUCCAUUACUUGAGCACGCUCGAAAAGGACUCUGCAAAGAAAUUCUUCAACAGGACUUUCGUUAUUAUGACAUUCGGAAAUUCAAUCUGGAAGAUGAAUUUAAGAAGCAGAGGAAAUCAAACCAAGUUGUAAAUCAUACACGAUUUAUCGACAAAGAUGAGUUUGGUCAAAUACUAGAAUCACGUGAUCUUAGCCGAUAUUUUUUCCCAGAAGGCCGUGCUGUUGUUGACGACGUACCAUACAAAGUUUUGCGAUCAAAUGCUCCACUGAUAUUUACAGAACGCACAAAAGUGGUAGUUAGUCAUGCUAACAAUCCAAAAGAAGCCAUUUUAUCAAUUAGUAACUUUUUCAAGGCUCCAGUUGGAAUGAUUGUAAAUAUGAAUAUAUAUGGCUGUGUGUCCGAAAAUAUCAAAUCUCACGUAAUCUUACAUGUUGAAAAACUGCUCCCCUGUUUAAAAAGCGAUUACAUAUUAUUCCGCUGUAUAUCAAAACCAGAUACAAAUUGGGAAGAUUUGGACAAUGUGAUGACUGAAUUAGGUUUUAAAACCACACAUUUUUAUGGAACAGGUUUAGUUUGUGUGGAAUGGAAUUUAAAUUCAAGCAAAUUGUAAAUAUAAAUGCCAUCAUGAUUUCAUAACGCUUUCAAAACUAUUGUCUCAAUAUACUGCCGGUUGCACAGUGAUAUCUAAGAAUUGAAAUGUUAGGUAUGUUUUCAUAUGUGAAUCACCAAUAAGAAUCGAAACGUGCAUUUUUGAAAAAUUUAAUUUUAAAAAAUCGAGCCAUAAUUGUAUGAAUAUUUAAGAAGAUGAAGACCAUGUUAUUUUGUCGUGUCCAAAUUGUAUGAAUAUUUAAGAAGAUGAAGCCUAUGUUAUUUUAUCGUGUCCUUUAUAUAUAAAUGACUAUUUUAGAAACAAAUAUUUGAUGAAGCACCACAUUUUAAAGGUGAUUUUAUGUCUUUUGAGGAUAAAUAGAAAUUAGUGUGUUUAUUUGAAAAUAAAUAAAUAUGGUAAUAAUAGCUGUGCCAAAGCCCUGUAACUUUAUUUCAAAUAGACAUAGACAUGUUUUAUACGGUAAAUAAGGUUCUUAUUAUUAUGUUUUAUAAUAGAUGAAUUCUUUAUAUAAUGUUUUUACUGUAAUAGUCUCUUAUAAUUAUGUACAGAAUGUCCCUCUUUUUAUAUCUAUAUAUUUUUACAUUUAACGUAAAGUUGUAUUAUAUAUUAUUGAGAGAUGAGACUUAAAUAAAAUAUUGAAUUGAAUUGAA